CUAACUGAGCAUCGCUAUGCGUAAUUUCCAUUGCAAAACAAACUCCUGAUUGCAGUUCACUGACCAUUGCCUGAAGUUAAAAGCGUCUUCGCAUCUUCAAUAAAUCGGCAGUCACUGUUUUCAUCCGAUUUUAUAUCGAAAAGCAAUUAUGUGUAUUGGAGCUCAAUUUUUAUCUACCUUCUUCGUCUACAAGAAUUAAAAUGAAACUAUUGAAAUUUUUAUUACGUUUUUUUCCACCCGGAAUCGCCUUGGAAUAUACGCAAGGUGGUGAUGUCAAAACAAAAGUAAUAGAUCUGCUAGAUUUGUCUGACAAAACAGAUAUACGUAUUUUGGCCGAGAACAUAAAAGCACGUGAACCCAUAAUCUCGGAUGGAGUUAUGGAGCAGCUUAUCGAAAUAUUACAAAGACUACAAGCAACGUCGUGUUGUGACGACGUCAAGCCUUUUUACAAAUACAAGAAACUCAAAACGCAUCUUCUACCGAUCACGAAUAUAGCUUUCGAUAAAUUAGGUAAAAGAUGCUUAACCGGCAGCUAUGAUCGAACGUGUAAAGUAUGGGAUAUUGAAAAUGGAACAGAACUGUUUACUCUUAAGGGCCAUAAAAACGUAGUAUAUACCGUGUCCUUCAAUAAUCCAUGUUGUGACAAAAUUCUAACUGGAUCAUUCGAUAAAUCUAGCCGCGUUUGGUGCUCCAGAACUGGUUACUGUCUUGUCCACAUGAAAGGUCAUAAUGCAGAAGUCGUAGCAGCGCGCUUUUCACCAAUGAAAAAUAAAAUUGCAACGGCUUCAUUGGAUACCACCACAAAGAUUUUUCAUAUUUCAUCAGGUCAAACAAUGGCUACGUUGAGAGGUCAUACUGCAGAAGUAAUUGCACUGCAUUAUAGCAAAGACGGUAAUGAAAUCAUUACAGGAUCUUUCGACAAGACGAUCAGUAUUUGGGAUACGAGAACAUAUCAAAGAGCGAACGUUUUAGUUGGACACCAAGAAGAGAUUUCUAAUUGCCUUUACAAUUUCGACGAGUCCUUAAUAGCCAGUUGUUCAUUCGAUAAAACUGCGAAGAUUUGGGAUACACGAAUGGGAAAGUCGUGUCUGGUGACUCUUACGGGUCAUGAAAAUGAGUUGUUGGAUAUAGUUUUCGAUAAUAAAGGAAGGAAACUUGCAACCGCCAGUAGCGAUACAACCGCUAGAGUUUGGGAUUUAACUAACGGGGAUUUUCAGCAAGUAGCUGUUAUGAAAGGACAUAAAGACGAAGUUUCCAAAGUUUGUUUCAGUCCAAAUGGCCAACAAAUUUUGACCGCGUCUCAGGAUCAGAGUGCGCGUCUCUGGUCCAUCGACUCCAGUCAGUGUAUCCAGAUUCUGAGCGGCCAUACAGACGAUGUCUUCAGCUGCGCUUUCUCAUACGUCGGCGACACGAUUAUUACGGCUAGCAAGGAUAGCACCUGUUUUAUCUGGAGGUGACUCGAUUGGUUUCAAGUAAUAUCUUAGCUCAGCUUCUUUUCUU